AUGAUGGAAGGUUACUUUGUUCAACAUCCAGUUUUCAAUGAUGAGGAAUUCCGAACACGAUACAGGAUGAGUCACAAUGUUUUCAACCGCAUCUCUAGUGACCUUUGCCACUAUGACCGGUACUUUGUUCAGAAAUCAGAUGCUGCCAAGAAAGUCGGACUACUUCUGGAGCAGAAGCUGACAUGUUCCUUACGAAUGCUUGCUUACAGUGCUGGGGCAGAUCAAUGCGCUGAGUAUUGUGGAAUGAAAAAAUCUAUCUCCAUCGAGGCUCUUCAACGAUUUACAAGAGGAAUCUUUAAUCUAUUAUGCAACAAUCUCAACGUCCUGGCAAAGUCCCCAUUGUUUGACGAGCUUACUGUUGGGAGAGCACCUCAGAUCCAAUUCCAAGUGAAUAACAGAAUUCACAAUUUAGGCUACUAUCUUGCUGACGGUAUCUAUCCUAGAUGGGCAACUUUUGUGAAAACAAUUCCAAGGCCUACACGACCCAAGGAUCUCAAGUUUUCCCAGGCUCAAGAGGGGUACAAGAAGGAUGUGAAAAGAUGUUUUGAUAUUUUACAGUCGCGAUUUAGUAUUGUUAGAGGAGCUGCUCGUGGGUGGGAUAGGGAAGACCUUCGAUACAUCAUGUUGACUUGUAUUAUAUUACACAACAUAAUAGUUGAGGAUAAAGACCAGAGGACAACGAUAAGGAAUUGGAGUCCGAUGAAGAAGAGGAGAACAAUAUGA